CGGCCAUACACCUUGGACAGCGCACUAGUGACUAUAUACGCACAUAAAGGCAAUUCAAAGCAACCAAUCCACCUCAUACGUGUUUCAAAGUUGGAAGGAAACUGGAUGAGACCCACACAGAGAACGUGCUAAACUCCACUUAAACAGUAAGGUGUGGCACCUGUUUUACCUGGACUUGUGCUAAACUGUGGUCCUUAUAGGCCAACACGGACGCUGUGCAUGCAGUGAGUUUGACAAUGCAGUGGGGACUGGACGUGUAUAAUGGAGUAUCACACAUCUGAUGCUCAGAGGAAGCACUCAGAAGUUCACAGCUCCACCAGCUCUGAAUCCACCAAUCAGCAGAUAAUGGCGAGCAGAAGUCAUACUGAGAUGAGUGACGCCAACAGAUUUCUUUCCUGCCAGGCAAAACAACUAGUGGAUCCCAGUGAUUUUUGUAGUUCUGCAACACCUAAGGAGCAUGAUUCAGGAAGUGCACAGGAUUCCUGUUCAGGAUUCAAUGUUUACUCCUCUGGGGAUGAUAACGGUGAUGAUGAUAAUGAUAAUGAUGAUGAUAGUAUUUAUGGUGAUGAUGAUGAAAAGGAGGAGGAGGAGGAGGAUGUUUGUUUUUUCAGACAGAAGAAAAGCACAAGCAUAUUGGAUGAUUUAUUUUCUGAAGAGUCAAGCGAUUCUGCAUCGGACAACGAAGCAGAACUUUCAUCAAAACCUAAAGAUGAAAGUGAUGAAAGUCAGUCGGACAUUAGCGAGUGCCCUAAACCUAGCUGUAGUGCUCCUCAUAAGUCAAAGCUCAAAUCUGUAAGAGUAAACAAGACUAAGAGGAAGCAGGAUGGUAAGAGAGUAUACGACAAAAAACACUACUGCCUGUUUUGCACGAAACCGUUCAGCAAAAUGGCGCGGCAUUUGGAAGAUAUUCAUUCUAAAGAGGAGGAAGUCUCAAAAGCUUGCAGCUUUCCUAAAGGGUCGAAGCAGAGGCGGAUUUAUUUAGACGAGCUCCGUCACAAGGGGAAUUACAUCCACAAUAUCGCUGUGCUAAAAUCUGGAAAAGGUGACCUGAUCCCGUAUAAGCGUCCACGAGGGGAAGUAAAAGCGAGCGACUUCAUGCACUGCGCUCACUGUCAGGGAUUGUUCAACAAAAAAGUGUUGUGGAGGCACAUGAAGGCGUGUAAGCUCAGUCCCAAAGAUUAUGUACCCAAACCUGGUAAAAACCGUGCACUGUCGCUGUGUGCCAUUAACCAACCUGCACCCUCAAAUAUCAGCCCAGAGUUGUGGAAGGUUUUGAGUGUGAUGGUUCCAGACAAAAUUACGGACACUGUGAAGAACGACGGGUGCAUCAUCCAGAUGGCUGAGUAUUGGCUUAGAAAGAGUGGUGACUCACCGAACGGACCUUGUUUUAUUCGACAGAAAUUACGAGAAUUAGGAAAACUGCUGAUGUGUGGCAGGAAAGUUACGACUUUAAGGAAACUGGAGGAUUUUAUAGAUCCGUACAACUGCAUGCAGGCGGUGGAGGCCGUGAGACAUGCGUGUGAAUAUAACAGCGAGAAAAAUGCAUACAAAAUUCCAUCUCUGGCAAAAAAACUCUCCAUAUGCCUGACGCAGCUUAGUCGACUUGUAAGGAGCAAAACUGUGAUUCCGAAAAAUGUUAACUUAGCACAGAAGCUGCAGGACUUUCAAAAAAUCCAUGAGGAACGCUGGAACGAUUUGUUGUGCGCAACAGUCAUGAUGAAAAAUGAGGACUCAGAAAUGAAAUGGAAGACUCCAACGUUACUGUAUUUUACAGAAGACGUCCAAAAACUUCACGCUUUUCUUGACAAAACGCAGGAUGAACGGAUGGAGCAGUUAACCACUGAGGUUUCUACAAAAUUUUGGUCAGAUUUAGUGAAGAUUACUCUGACUCAGAUUGUCCUAUUCAACCGAAGUAGAGAAGCAGAAGUUGUAAGCAUGACGCUGAGCACAUUUCUUUCCCGAGACAACGUCGAUCCUCCAACCGACAUCGACUGGGCACUGACAGAAGUUGAAAAGCAACUGUGCCGGCAUUUUUAUAAAAUAGUAAUCCGACGGGACAGAUCACGGCCUGUUCCAAUUUUGCUUACUCCGAGAAUGCUGCAUGCUCUGCAGCUCCUGGUGGAAAAGCGAGAUUCCUGCGGUGUCACAAAUGACAAUGUAUACGUCUUCGCCCGUCCCUCUGCUUCGACACAUUUCCGCUGUUCAGACUGCAUUCGAGGGUUUGCGUCCAUCUGCAGAGCAAAGGAUCAUCAAUCGCUGACCUGUUGGAAGUUGCGAAAACGAAUGGCAACGCUCUCAACAGUGCUGAAUCUCGGGGAUCCGGAAAUAAACCAGCUAGCGAGCUUCCUUGGGCAUGAGCUCUUCAUUCAGGAUAAGUUUUACCCCCUGCAGGAACGAACAUUACAGCUAGCUAAAGUGUACAAAGUGCUAACAGCAAUGGAGCAAGGACGAAUGAUGGAGUUUAUGGGCAAGAACUUCUCAGACAUCAUUGUUCAACAUAAUGAGGAAGUUGAUCUGAGUGGUGACAGACUGAAGAAGAGCUGGGAUUGUUCAGGGGGGUUUCCAGUCGCCCCUUCAGGUAAAAGAGUAGCUCAGAAAAAAAGGAAAACGUGGACUGAGAGUGAGAUCCAGGCUGUGGAGAAACACAUGAAUGAUUACAUCACUUCCUUCAGAGUCCCGGGCAAAGCAGCCUGUGAGAACUGUAUCGGUGCUGAAACUUUAGCUUUAAAAAACAGAGACUGGCAGAGCGUUAAAUUUUACAUCUACAACCGCAUCAUGGCUCAGAAGAGAGACACAAGUCAGAGUGUGGCUGGAACUAUGUAAUUCACUGUCAGUAUUAUCAUCAAACCCUGUAUUGAAGAUUUUAUACAUCAUGGUGUCAUAUUGUCUGUAGACUAGUGUUUGAUCCACUUUUAUGGAUUCUGUGUCUGUGAACAUGUAUGUAUAUCCUACUUAUGUUCUUUAAAGGGGUUUAAGGCAGCCAGUGUUGCAUAAAAAACAAAUAUACAGACAAAACAUGAAUACAGUCUCUUUUUCACCUGUGUAUGCAAUGUAAUAUUUCAUGUCUAUUUUUUAAAAUCAUUUAUUGGAAAACCAUGUCUGUAUUACAGUUAUUAUUAUUAUUAUUAUUAUAGUUCUUUUUUAAAUGUUAAUUAUCUGAAUUUUAAGUUUUAAUUUGCAGUAGCGUAUUUUUGUAUUUUUGAGUUCUGUAUUUAUUUUAACAAAGAGCAUCAUUGUAUACUUCUGGAAAUAAAAUGCAUUUA